UUGACUUGAAGUUUGCAUAUUGAAAUUCAGGGAUAUCCUUCUAACUCACUCUGCUGCUCUGCAGGUCACUUGUCCUGCGUGUGCUGCCCCCUGCAGGAGCGGAGGUGAUGAGUGUGUGUGGGAGGAAGGCUCUGACGCUGCUAAGCAGUGUGUUUGCAGUGUGCAGUCUGGGUCUGUUGGGAAUCGCCGUCAGCACAGACUACUGGCUCUACCUGGAGGAGGGAAUCAUCAUGCCUCUCAACCAGAGCACAGAGAUACGCAUGUCCCUCCACUCAGGCCUCUGGAGAGUUUGCUUCCUGGCAGGAAAAGAGAAGGGACGUUGCUUCACCAUCGAGUAUGUCAUGCCUAUGAACGUCCAGAUGACAUCAGAGUCCACAGUCAGUGUCCUGAAGAUGAUCCGCUCUGCCACACCGUUCCCACUGGUCAGUCUUUUUUUCAUGUUCAUCGGCUUCGUCCUGAGCAACAUCGGCCAUAUCCGUCCCCACCGCACCAUCCUAGCGUUCGUCUCCGGAAUCUUCUUCAUUCUCUCAGGUCUUUCUCUAGUAGUCGGUCUGGUGUUAUAUAUCUCCAACAUCAAUGAUGAGAUGCUGAACAGAACUAAGACGAACGAAGCCUACUUCAGCUACAAAUACGGCUGGUCUUUCGCCUUUUCCGCCAUCUCCUUCCUGCUCACUGAGGCGGCAGGCGUGAUGUCUGUCUACCUGUUCAUGAAGCGAUACACAGCGGAGGAGCUGUACCGGCCUCAUUCAAAUUACUACGGGCCGCGUCUCAGUAACUGCUCUGAUUACUCGGCUCAGUUCCUUCACCCGGACGCCUGGACACGAGGACGCAGUCCCUCAGACAUCUCCAGCGAAGCCUCGCUCCAAAUGAGCUCCAAUUACCCCGCUCUGCUCAAGUGUCCUGAGCAUAUUUCCUCUUCCCCCUGCUGAGAAAGCUCUCUCACACACUCAUACACACACAUGCACAUACAGAAAAGUUUGACUUAAUACAGCUAGUAAAGAUCACUUUAUCAGUAUUUUUUUUGAGAAGGGGCGUUAUCUAUUUCAGUGUGCCUCAUGUUUCAAUCCUACAGUACAGCCGCUAGUCAUGCUAGUACAUAGCAAAUACGUUAACCGAACAUUUUGCAUUUUGGGAGCCUUCAGUAUGUUUUAGAAUUCAUUUUUUCAAUUGAUAUCAAACUGCUGUCUGUAUUAUCUGUUCUCCAUUAUCUCAAUUACGAGAAAGUGAAAAAUGUAGCGAGUGUUAUCAUAUUCCAAAUGGUGAGAAACGCUCAGAUCUAUCUACUGUAGAAGACAGUGUUUCACAAACCAGGAAAUGUACGUCUGCCUUAAAGAGUCAUUACUUAAGGACACUCUGUGACUUGCUUGAUCAAAAACCUUGAACUUGACCUGAAUGCUGUACCGUUAUAGGAGACAUCUUAGACAAAAUUAUUUUUUUCCUUAGUACAGUUUGGUAUCAGCUCCCAGAUCU